AUGGGCGGCGGAGCCGGAGGGGAGACGCGGGGAACGGGGGGAGGCGGCCGCGGCGGCGGCGGCGGCGGCGGAGGCGGGGGAGGUGAUGACGGGGACGCGCGGGGCGGUGGAAUGGGGGCGGAUUGUAUGGAUGGCGCGGACGGGGAGGGGGAAGGCGGGGAGGCCGACAUGAGCUGGGUGCGGUCCGUAUCCGGGCCUGAUUCGGACGAUACUGUGUGGGUGAAGAUUGCACUCGUUGGGGACCCGGAUUGUGGCAAGUCGAGCUUCAUGGUGCGUGCUGGGCUGUGCGUGCGUGCUGGUGGGUAUGGUAUGUGCGCAUGGCAUGUGGGCAUGUGUCAUCAACCACCCACAUGCGCAUCAACCACCCACGCGCAUUGCAUUGCAUUGCAUGCGUCCACCCCACCUUUCCAGGCCCGUUUAUUCGAAGAAUCCGACAGCGAUCUCAGCGCCAGCAGCGGGACCGGCAACGGCGUUGCUAGCGCGCCAGCCAACCGCAGCAGCAGCAGCAGCAGUACGAGAGGCAGCGGGCGGGGCAGUGGUGGUGGGAGUGGUGGUGGCAGUGGGGGUAUACCGGUUGACGGGCUGGCAAACGGGCAAGGGCAGACGAGUGGCGGCGGCGGCGGGGGAGGAGGGGGAGGGGGAGGAGGCGGAGGAAGGGGAGGGGGAGGAGGGGGAAUGUGGUCAGCAGCGUAUGCGCCGACAGUGGGAGUAGAGUGUCACCAUCACAGCAUCGCGCUGCCAGCCUCCCCCACCCCUGCCACCAUCGCCAUUACCUCCUGGGAACUCUCAGGCCGCCGCCAGUUCGCAUCGUUGCUGCCCUUUGUGUGCAACGAUGCGGCAGCGCUGCUCCUCUUCUUCGACCUCACUCGCCCCUCCACCCUCCGCAGCAUUCAGUCAUGGUACUUAGAAGCCCGGGCCCUCAACCAGUGUGCUCUCCCUGUGCUCGUGGGCACCAAGUUUGACCUCUUCUUGCUGCAACCACAGGAGACGCAGCACCGAGUUACCAAGCAGGCAAAGCUGUGUGCGAGGGCCAUGCGCGCCCCUCUCGUGCUCUGCUCUGUGCCGCACAGAGUGAACGUGCAUAGAGCCCUGCACAUCAUCCUCUCGCGCCUCUUCAGCCUUCCAGCACCACAUCAACCGUGCACCACCUCUGGGGAGCCCCUCCUCUUCCCAUGA